AUGCAGCUCUCUUCCAUUACUCUAAUCCUCUCGCUGGGCAGCGCUGGUCUCGCUGCUGCUUCUGCGAGCAACGGCUUGUCCGUGGCGCUCCUUCGUCGAGCCAACGACCGCGGCUUCGAGUUCACCUCGGCCUGCAUCCAAAAGUCGGACGACUUCUUCAGCAGUUGCGAGUCCUCCAAGCAGGCGGCUGGCCAGAGCACUCGUCCAUGUUUCGACCAGGGUCAUCAGUUCAUCGUUGACUGCUUGAAUUCGUAA